UGCCCACCAUGUCGUGCGUUCGCGCCGAGCCUGUGCACGGCGCUGUCUGCCGUGCGCAAGCGCGCUCCAAGUACGCGAGCACGCAGCUCAUCCUCGUCUCCAGUGACAGGAGCGAGCAAUCUUACAACCGCACAGUGCAAUCAGUAUCAGGCGCGGGCGCACUGUCAGUGCCGUGGUGCGCGAGCGAGGCGCGUGCGACGCUGCCCGCCGCGCUCAGCGUCGCCGGCAUACCAGCGCUAGUCAUCGCGGAUGCUACCGGAAAGAUCCUCACCGCGAAUGGCAGGCAUCAUCUCGCUGGGGAUCCACUUGGUCUG